AUGGACAACGCGCCGUACCACACCCGGCAACUGGAGAAGAUCCCCAAGAUGUCGUCCACCAAGGCGGAGAUUAGGGACUAUCCCGAAAGGAAAGCAGUGGAAGUGAGUACAUCUGCUACAAAAGCGAAGCUGUUGGAGGAGCUGAACAACUUCGUGGAGUCGAGGGGUGGAUACUCUGCGUUAUGUAGCUACGCUACAGAGCAGAUUUGCAAUGGAUUUGGGGUCAGAGCGAGAACCGUGCAGUGGCUAGCGGAGGUAGCGGAUUCAGCGAGCGCCUGGUUUAGAGAGGCGCGCAGGAAAGAAGCAGAAGCCUGGGAAAAGCAGAUGGCGGAUAAUGAGAAAGGAGACGGGUCUUCUACAUCAAGCUGCUCCUCAUGCGAAGGCGAAUACGAGUCAGAAGACUUAUUCUCUGACGUGUCCGAUUCAGAAGACAUAGUUUUGGAAUCCGAGUAA